GCUUAAACCCCACCUACAGAGAGGAAGCAAAAUUGUGAGUGAUUCCUGCUGAGAAUCCAGCACCGAUGGGAAAGAGGGCAAAGCUGGAACUCUCUGGGAAGGAAGCAGAAGAUGUGAAUUAUUAAGAAGAAAAUGGCCCAACAGGACACCGUACUUCCUUCUCUUGUCAACCAGGAAGGGUAUACUAUCUGGAAAAUAUGCAUCUAAGGCGAGUGAGGACCAUGCCCCGUCACAGCCAGUCCCUGACCAUGGCACCCUACUCUUCUGUGAGUCUGGUGGAGCAGCUGGAAGAUAGGAUCCUCUGUCAUGAGAAAACCACAGCAGCACUGGUGGAGCAUGCCUUCCGGAUCAAAGAUGACAUCGUCAGCAGUUUGCAGAAGAUGCAGAAUAAAGGGGGAGGUGACCGCUUAGCCAGGCUGUUCUUGGAAGAGCAUAUCAGAAACAUAACCGCCAUUGUGAAGCAACUGAAUCGGGAUAUUGAGGUUCUCCAGGAGCAGAUCCGUGCCAGGGACAACAUCAGCUAUGGAACUAAUUCUGCCUUAAAGACACUGGAGAUGCGCCAGCUCUCUGGCUUGGGAGAUCUCCGAGGAAGAGUUGCAAGGUGUGACGCCAGCAUAGCCAGACUCUCUGCAGAGCAUAAGACGACCUACGAGGGACUCCAGCACUUGAACAAGGAACAGCAAGCAGCCAAGCUGAUCCUGGAAACAAAAAUCAAAGAUGCAGAAGGACAGAUUUCUCAGCUUUUGAACAGAGUAGACUUGUCCAUCUCAGAGCAGAGCACCAAACUGAAGAUGUCCCACAGAGACAGCAACCACCAGCUCCAGCUCCUGGACACUAAAUUUAAAGGUACAGUCGAGGAGCUGAGCAACCAGAUUUUAUCUGCGCGGAGUUGGCUGCAACAAGAACAGGAACGGAUAGAGAAAGAACUUUUACAGAAAAUCGAACAUCUUUCCUUGAUUGUUAAGGAAAACAGUGGAGCCAGUGAAAGAGACGUGGAGAAGAAACUCAGCCAGAUGUCAGCCAGACUGGACAAAAUCGAAGAGAGUCAGAAGAGGAACACGGAAGGACAGAGAAAGCCUGAAGAGGAGAAGGUGCACGGGCGAAUCAGCAAACUGGAGUUACAGAUGACCGAGGACAUGAAGGAGAUGAAAGCAGAGGUUAACGCUGGGUUUACAGCCAUCUACGAGAGCAUAGGAUCCCUCAGACAAGUCCUGGAGGCCAAGAUGAAGCUGGACAGGGAUCAGCUGCAGAAGCAGAUCCAGCAGAUGCAGAAGCCGGAGACUUCCAUGUGAAGAGGGCUGGGACAAGCACCUGACAGGAGACAGCCACGGGUCGAAGAGCCAGACAGCUCUGCAGCCA